UGUCUUUUAAAUGAUACAUUUUGGAUGUUCCCCUCUGUUUUAUAAGGUAGACUAAAACAAGGAAAAAGACUGAGUAGAGAAAGCGAACAGACUCAGACCUGCUUCAAACGGCCUUUCCACUUUCUCUUUUAAUCUAUUUUGUUCUUUCUCCCAAUUCCCUGUUUUUAGAGUAUCAUUACCCGAGGAGCCCCCCAGCGCCCCUCCUCAGACAGUGAUAGCCAGUGGCCGGACAAACCAGUCCAUCAUGAUCCAGUGGCAACCUCCCCCCGAGAGCCACCAAAAUGGUCCGCUUCAAGGCUAUAUCAUCAGGUACUGUCUGUCUGGUUUACCGGUGGACUGUCAGAUGAAAAACAUCACCAACCCAGACCAAACGAAUCUCCUGCUGGAGGACCUCAUCAUUUGGACCAACUAUGAGAUUGAGGUGGCUGCUUAUAACGGGGCGGGCCAGGGCGUCUACAGCCCCAAAGUCACAGAAUGGACCCUGCAAGGCGUGCCCACGGUCCCACCAGGGAACGUCCAGGCCGAGGCUGUCAACUCCACCACAGUCCGUUUCACAUGGAGUGCUCCAAGCCCACAGUUCAUCAACGGAAUCAACCAGGGAUACAAGCUGUUGGCAUGGGAACCAAGCCACGAGGAAGAUGUUACCUUGGUUACUGUGAGACCCAAUUUUCAGGACAGCGUUCAUGUAGGCUACAUCGCCGGACUGAAGAAGUUCACGGAGUACUUCACCUGCGUGUUGUGCUUCACUACACCUGGAGAUGGCCCUCGUAGCACUCCGCUGCGCGUACGCACCCACGAAGACACUCCUGGACCCGUAGGUCACCUGAGCUUCACAGAAAUCCUGGACACAUCUCUCAAAGUCAGCUGGAAAGACCCGCCGGAGAAGAACGGCCUCCUCACCGGGUAUCGCAUUUCCUGGGAGGAAUUCAACAGAACAAACACUCGCGUCACGCAUUACCUGCCCAACAUCACACAGGAGUACCGGGUCACCGGACUGACGGCGCUCACUACCUACACCAUUCAGGUGGCCGGUAAUGACCUCCAAGGUCAAGGUCACUGUCGUCCUCCACCAUUUCCUCUGGUGUGCCCCCCAGCCAUCUCUUAG